UUAAUAAAGUGUAUCAUGAUGUCGCGGUCUGUGCGAGCAGAAACUCGGAGUCGUGCUAAAGAUGACAUUAAACGAGUUAUGCAAGUUGUGGAUAAAGUUCGGCACUGGGAAAAAAAAUGGGUGACGAUAGGAGAGACUACCAUGAAAAUUUACAAAUGGGUACCGAUAUCAACGCUUGAGUUGAAAAAAAAAGCAAAGUCCUUGGCUGAUAAAGAAAAUGGUUUGCCAAGAAAAAGUGGAAUGGACUCAUCAAACAACUCGAAUUUCGGACUCACCGAGGACUCCAACACAUGCUUUUCGACUGUAAGUGAUUCACAAGGAAUGACAGAUUUUUCAACACAUCUAGGGUUCUCGGAAGAUUCAAACUCGCAAAACAGCGAGCCAGCUCCAAAAGUACUCAAGACUGAUUGAUUACUCUACCACAUGAUAAUUAAUAUCCACCGGAAGGAUUAACCAUCCAAUGAUGCAUCAGCAUUAUCAUUGUUAUCAUUUCCACAAUCAUUAUUUCAUUUAUAUUAAAAUUUUUUUAUAAUAAAUAUUAUUUUAAUUUAA